AUGGGCUUCCUCCUGAAUGCUCCUGUGCAUCGGCUGCCCUGGUUGGGGAAGCUCUUCGUGGGUGGUCUAGACUGGAGCACAACCCAAGAGACUCUGCGCAGCUACUUUUCCCAGUAUGGAGAAGUCGUAGACUGUGUUAUCAUGAAAGAUAAAACUACCAACCAGUCUCGAGGUUUUGGGUUUGUCAAAUUUAAAGACCCAAACUGUGUGGGAACGGUGCUGGCCAGCAGACCACACACCCUAGACGGCCGAAAUAUCGACCCAAAGCCAUGCACACCUCGGGGGAUGCAGCCAGAGAGAACACGGCCGAAGGAAGGAUGGCAGAAAGGACCCAGGAGCGAUAACAGUAAAUCAAAUAAGAUAUUUGUCGGUGGAAUACCUCACAAUUGUGGUGAGACAGAACUCAGGGAAUACUUCAAAAAAUUCGGAGUGGUCACCGAGGUGGUCAUGAUCUAUGAUGCGGAGAAGCAGAGGCCUCGAGAUUUCUCUUCUCCAGGUGCUAAAUUAUAUCACACAGGUACAGGCCAGUCCCGCAGUCAGAGGAGGGAGCGGCUUUGCUCCAGUGGGGUGUAAACGAAGUUUCAGUGUGUUUCUGUCCCGCUUCCUCAGUGGUGAUGUCGCCUCUUGACACAGACGCAUUCCUAGACAGCCCGCUCCGGGGCUCCUUACCCACGACUCACCGCCUCUUGCACUAUAAAUGGACCAAGCAAGCCCUGUGGUUUCAGACACUCCUGCAGUUUGAGAAAAUGUCAACUUUUAAAUAUGUUGUUUCAUCACCUA